AUGGCUAGUGAGGAGAGUUUUGUUGUUUUGGUUCACCACAGAGGAUCCAUUAAGAGGAAAACUCGUUCCGGUGUGAAGUUCACAGAUAAGGAUCCUCUCUGUAUUGUCAUGAAUCCAACGACGAGCUAUGAUGACCUUAUUAGAUCUGUGCUGAUGAAACUUGGUCUGGAAGGUGCGAAGCAGGUUAAGAAGUUUUUCUAUCGCAUUCCAGUCACGGUCCUGCAGGAUACCGUGAAGUAUGAUUGUUUCACGAUUGGUAGUGAUGAGGACCUGCAAGUGAUGUUUCUUUGUCGGAGGCAGUUUCCGGAGGUGAGGACACCAGAAUUGUUGGCAAAGCUGGUUGAUGUGGUAUCCAGCUCAGGGGGUUCGAACCGAAAUACCACCACUGUAGCCACGGCAGCCGGUUCCAGUUCCAGGCCUGCUGUUGCUUAUUCCUCCGUCCCUGUGUACGAGCCAGUGGUCCAACCUGUCGCCUCCCCGUCUUUUGCUGUUGAUCUCCAUGACGGCGUAGGCGACGAGGGCGUUCCACCGGUUGGCGUCGGAGACGGAUUGUUGGGUGAUGCAGAGGAGGACGACGUCGAGCCAGAUAUGAUUGAGGAUGACAGUGGUGACGAGGUUGGAGCGACUGAGCCUGCAUUGGCGGUCGGUGGUUCUAGUUCUGGCACACAGCAGUAUCCACCACAUUUUUCCUCUUUGGACCUGGAUGUCAUGAGGCAGGAGGGUGUUUCAGGGCACUCUGUUGGAUUCGGAGUUAGAGAUGCGGAAGGGACUGCUGGUCUGACAGAGUUCCAGGUUGGUCAGCAAUUUCAGGAUAAAGAUGAGGCCCUGUUAAGUGUGAAGACUUACAGCAUCCGGCGAGGGAUACAGUACAAGGUAGUGGAGUCUGAUUAUCGUCGGUAUGUGGGCAAGUGUUCUGAGUUUGGGAAUGGGUGCACAUGGUUGAUUCGACUGAGUCUCCGGCAGCGCAAGGGUGCACAUGGUAUGCCACGUCCUGGAGUGUGA